AGCUGUUCUUCAAUACCAACGAGAGAGUGCAUGGAUGGAGGCCGUGCAGGACAUGAUCAAGUUUUCUGAGCAUUGUAUGAUUGGAUCUGUUCAUUUACGAUUUAAUCAUGGGAUUCUUGAUCUAGCUUAUCAUAGAUGUUGGUCGCCCAACCCUUUGUUCGCAUUGAUGCAUGAUGACCUUCUAGGCGAGUGUAGAGAGCAGAUCAGAAUUACAGCAUUCACGUGUAUGUCAAUGGCAACCUUAAUUAUAAUUGUGGUUUCCAUAGCAUCCUUCAUGAUGUCAAAGGCCAAUUAUGGCCAUGGGGACAGUACUACAAACAAUAAUAUUAUAAUAAUUCAUACUUUCUGGCAAAACCAUGGAUUCACUGUGUUCAGAACAUUAAACAUUGUAUCUGUGGUGUCAUCUAUAACUUCGAUACUCGGCUUUCUAUUUCUUCUUCUGCCGCGCCAUUUUGAAGGUGAUUUCUUGGAAUUGGUGCCCAUUAAGUUGAUGAUGGGACUGAUGAUGCUAUUUGUUGCUGGAGUAUGCAUGGUGUUGGCUUUUAGUGUCAUCUUCUUCACUGCAAAUCAUCAACCAAAGGCUAAGCCUUUGGUGGCUAUUGGGGCAGCAUCCACCCUUCCAUUUUGCUAUGUUUGUGUGGUUCACUCAAAACUUGUGGUGGGUUUUCUGCGGUUUUCUUAUUGGUAUAAAUUCUCUUUGAAGCGCUGCAAAAGAAAGUUAUUAUCCUAGCUAGCAUUAAGAUUGUUGGAAAACUUAGAUUUUG